AUGCCGGCCCUGACGGUUGAGCAGAGGGUCCACCUCAGAGCUCAAGUCGAGGAGCGAAACAGUGAUCAAGACUCGGUUUCCUCUGGCCUUUCCACUAUGGGAGUAGCUGAAUCUCGACUCACUUCCCUCUCACAGCCAAAACUCAUUGGAAAUACCAUCCAGAGAGGAACUCGGGAGCAUCGACAGACGCGACAAGCCAGCGCUCUGGCCGAGAGCCCAGGCGAAUCCGUGGGACCCAAGAAGGAGACCGAAUCUCUCUUCAACCACUGGCCUCCGUACAACGACUCGGUCAGGGCCGUGGAGAUGCCUACCAUUACUCCUCCAAGCCCUCUUCGCAUUGAAACGCCCAUACAGCAGCGUCACAACAGCCUGGAAGAUGUCCUGCCAGAACCAUCUCGCGAUCCCGUCCUCACGCACGGAAACCUUGAGCGAUUCGAGGACUUGCGGAAGAAAGCAACCAACACCAAGUGGAUGCGCGAUGCCAGACGACAGCUGUGGGAUGAGGACUGA